AUGACGCACGACGAUGCCGCGUGCGCGCGCGCGCCGGCGUUCCGCUUCGGCCUGCUCGCCGACAUCCAGUACUGUGAUCAAGACGACCGCAAGAACAUCACAGGAACGCAGAUGCGACGGUACCGGAACACGCUUAGGGUCGCGGAGCGCGCGGUGCGGUACUUCAACGCCCAGAGCGGCGCGUUGGAUUUUUGUGUGCACAACGGAGACAUCACCGAUCACCAGUGCGCGUUUGAUUUCGCAAACGAUGAUUUCCGACCUGUUGAGCACGGACGGGAGGAUUUGGGGGCGGUGAUGAAGAUUUUGAGCGAAUCGUCGUGCGACGAGUGGGUGUUCACUGUUGGGAACCACGAGCUGUAUAACUUUACGAGAGAGGAGCUGCGGGACGGGGUGGCGACGCCUGGGGCGAAGUUGGAGUUCAAGUGUGCGAACGAGCGUGGAGAUUUCUAUUAUUCGUUUGCUCCCGGACCGGGAUGGCGGGUGAUGGUGCUCGAUCCGUACGAGGUGAGCAUCUAUCGCAAGGGACGGCAACAAGGGCUGUGCGAGGAGGCGGUGGAGCUGUUGCGCCAGUACAAUCCAAACGUGGACGUCUACGUGAACGAAAACCCGGACGUUAUCGAGACAGAGCGCAUGAGCGGAACCUUCCCAUAUUUUAAGGACUUAGAGGGCUUGCAGGGACGCUGGGUGCCCUUCAACGGCGGGUUGGGGAAGAAACAGCUCGAGUGGGCUCGGGAGACGAUUCGUUCCGCGGCGGCUUCUGGUGAAAAAGUUCUGAUUCUAACGCACCUGCUGGUCCACCCGGACUCCACGGCCAAGCGCUCGGGGAAAACAUUGAUGUGGGACUACGACGAGCUACUCGAGAUCAUCGAAUCGGACGACGCGAAGGGGUGCGUCAAGUGUGUCAUAUCCGGGCAUCAACACGAAGGAACGCGUUGGAGGUGUGAAAAGACAGGCACGUACUACAUUGGCAUGGAGAGUCCAAUGUUGGCCGAGGACGCGUCUCCGGGCCCUUUCGCCAUCGUAAAUGUGUACGACGACGAGAUCGUGUUCGAGGGAUACGGGCGUAAUGAGGACUCAAAGAUGUUUCCAUACGACGCGAAGUCGCCGCCGACGGAUCCCAUGCAGUGCACAUUGACACUCAAGUAG